CAUUCCUGGUCGAGGCCCCUGCCAGCCACCACCCUCCCUCCGCCCAGCACGGAGACUGCUGCCCAGGCGGCCGCUUCCUGAACAGUGGCCACAGGGGGAGGGGCCCAGAUGAGACUGAGCGCAGCAGGGAGCCCAAGGGCCCCUUGCAAGGGGCACAGGGCCCCCCCCCCCGGGCUCUCCCCAUCUGCACCUGCCCAGCCCAGCCCUGCCGACUUGUGUACUCCCCUCCCAGCAAGCCCAUCUUCCAGGCACACCCCCGUGCCCCUGUCCUCCUCUGCACAGGAAGGGGGGGCUCCCACUCUACACAGGCCCAAUUCCAGUCCAUGCGGCCAUCCCUGUAUUGAACACACCCCGGAGCAUGCAAAACGGGAAUGGCGGGGUGGGGGUGGGGGUGGGGGGGUUCCCAGAGCAGGGAUACAGGCAGAAGCUGGGAAAGAGGAGGGUCCCGGGCAGAGAGUACAGCUGACGCCAGAAUGUGUGCCACCGGGUGACCCCACACACGACUCCACCCCUCAGGGCUCCUCUGUACCCCCUCCCCACUCUGCCUGGCACAAAAGGCUCAAGUGUACACAGGAGGGAGAGACAGACAAACAGGGUGUGGCCAGGCACCAGGGCCAGGGCAUCUGAGUUAACUUGAUCGUGCCAGGGGAGAAGACCAGCCUGGGUCAUGGGUCCCACUUGUGACCCACUCCUGCUCACCUCCCCACCCCCCCAGCUGAGGGAGAGGGAGGGAGCUGCAGAGCCCUGGUACCACCCAUCAGGGGAUUCCCGCUUCCCCGCGUCCCCAGAGGAAGCGAGAUGCUCCAGGCUUCUUCAGCGUGGCGCGAGAAGGCAGAGGGACGAGGGCCCCUGCUCCGUGCGGCCUCCGGGGGCUGGGAGGCGGGGAGGAGGGCGGGCCGGCGCGGGGGAGGGGCCGCCGCCACUAUAAAGGCCCGGCCCGCGGCCCAGCUCCAGCCCGGGACGCACACGUGCGCGCGGCGCCGCAGCCGCCACCGCGGGCCACCGAGACCCGCGCCUCCCCGGCCCCCCGGGCGGCCGCGCGGCUGGCGGCAUGCGCUGCGCAAGGCGGAGCUGACGGCGCGCCCGCCGGCCCCAUGUCCUUCGCCAUGCUGCGCUCGGCGCCGCCCGGCCGCUACCUGUACCCCGAGGUGAGCCCGCUGUCGGAGGACGAGGACCGUGGCAGCGAGAGCUCGGGCUCCGACGAGAAGCCCUGCCGCGUGCACGCGGCGCGCUGCGGCCUCCAGGGCACCCGGAGGCGGGCCGGGGGCAGGCGGGCGGGGGGCGGCGCCCCGGGGCCCGGGGGGCGGCCGGGCCGCGAGCCCCGGCAGCGGCACACAGCGAACGCGCGCGAGCGGGACCGCACCAACAGCGUGAACACGGCCUUCACGGCUCUGCGCACGCUCAUCCCCACGGAGCCGGCCGACCGCAAGCUCUCCAAGAUCGAGACGCUGCGCCUGGCCUCCAGCUACAUCUCGCACCUGGGCAACGUGCUGCUGGUGGGCGAGGCCUGCGGCGACGGGCAGCCGUGCCACUCGGGGCCUGCCUUCUUCCACGCUGCGCGCCCCGGCAGCCCCCCGCCACCGCCCCCACCACCCCCCACCCGCGACGGCGAGAACGCCCAGCCCAAACAGAUCUGUACCUUCUGCCUCAGCAACCAGAGAAAGUUGUUUCGGCUGUGCAGCACCGUGCUCUCUUCCCCAAAGUGCACGGGGACGCCGGGAGCAAGGACCGAGACAGAAAGACUACGAUUCGGAGUUAGAGGCGACGCCGCUGGGCUCUCCACAGAGAGCCCCCCCGUGGACCCGACUCAGGCACAGGCCUCCUGUGAGGGCGCCUCAGGCUCCUCUGGGGCCAAUGGACGGACAAGCGGCGGCAGGACUCUGCACUGGCCCAGCUGGCCCAGGUCCACUGGAACCUUCUGUGCUGGCUUCCUACCUGGGUUUUCUUCUGGUCACUACGUGCUGGUAUUUUGUGUCUUUGAUAUGAUAAUAUAAAGUCUGGAAACUUUGUAUAAUUAAAAACAAAACAAUAUCGUCCAA